CACACACACACACUCUUAUAUCCCUGUGCAGGCUGUGCCAUUCCCCCACACCAGAUCUGAGAGCUGUUUAGUGAGCAGAGCUGGCACUACUACUGUCAGUACUAUGAGCAGUUUCGGCUACAGACAGGAACUUAAUAAAUAUGAAGAUGUGGACGAGGAUGAACUUCUGGCUACCCUGACCAGCGAAGAGCUGCAGGAACUAGAAAGAGAAAUGGCUGAAAUCGAUCCAGAUGAAAACACUCCCAUCGGACUGAGGCAGCUGGAUCAAACAGCCAAACAGCCCACAGGUCCGUUCUGCAGGGAGGCUCUGCUGAAGCACUGGCAGAACGAAACUCACAAACUACAAGAGACAGACAGCUCAGACUGUGCCCUGCAACAGGAGGGCAUGGAUGAGAGCCAGACAGAUAAGAGUGAAGAGGAAUGUUUAAGUGAGAGUGACACUGAGCCCUCUCACAGGACACUGCAGCUUCUCAACAACAAGAAGAAGAAGAACGGACCACAAAACCACAGACAAGAUAACUCAACUCAAGUGAAGAACUCAUCUCAACCAGACUGCAAGAAUACAAGCAAAACUGGCCACAGAAAAGGCAAGCUGAGUGGAACCAAGAGAGAUGUCCACUACCAGGUAGACUCAAACCUAAAUAUAAUGCCUGAGGGACUGAGCAAGAAUCCCACGGACAUUGACGGCGUCCUGGAGAAGAUCCUGAGAAACGACCAGUCUGUGAGUGAGGUCAACCUGAAUAACAUUGAUAAUCUUUCCCAGGAUACGCUGAUCAGCUUCGCAGAGGCUCUGACCUCCAACACGCAUGUCCGAGUCUUCAGCCUUGCCAACACCCAUGCAGACGAUCAAGUGGCCUUAGCCCUGGCCAACACCAUCAAGAACAACCACCACGUCUCCAGCCUCAACGUUGAAUCCAACUUCAUCUCGGGAAGAGGGAUCCUGGCUCUGAUCAGAUCUCUCCAGCAGAACUCCAGCCUGGUGGAGCUUCGCUUCCAAAACCAGCGGCACAUCUGUGGAGGCCAGGUGGAGAUGGAGAUGGUGAAGCUCCUGAGAGAAAACACCACCCUACUAAAGCUGGGGUACCAGUUUGAGCUUCCAGGUCCCAGAACGAGCGCAACCAGCAUCCUGACCCGCAACCAGGACCGCCAGAGGCAAACAAGACUGCAGUUACAAAGACAAAAGAACAAAAAGUCUGAAGAAACAAUGGCACAAACCACUCAAACGAAAACGAACGGGCCCCAAAACAUGCCCGACAACGAAGUGGUCGGAUUUUCCCAAGAACAGAAGAACGGUUCUCUUCCUAAACUUAAACCUAAACAACUGCUUAAUGGUCAAACUAACUACGAGAAGAAUGGACCCACCAGAAAUAUUGCUGAAACAGUCAAAAAUCAGAAGAUCACAGCAGAUAAGCAAGACAUAAACAAGCAUAACACAGAGAAGGUGAAGAACCAGACCAAAGAAAAGGAAAGUGGAGAUGUUCUGAAAGAUAUGAUACAUGCUCUAAAACCUCCACCCAAGAAAACACAAGAAGACAGGAACGGUCAGAGGUCAGCACAUGGGGACUUAAUGGCAGCAAUCCGGAGCAACCACAGGACACUCAAUAGGGUCAGCACCACAAACCAUCAGAAUUCAUGAAGCAACAUCAGCAAGUUGCCUUGGAGUCUACAGUUGGUCUUUUGUUUCCCUCUAUUUUUCCUUGACUGUGUUUUUUCUUGUUAAAACAGAUGUAACAAUAUUAAGACUUCAUUGGUAAUUCCGUAAGUCAUCUUUGGACUCUUACUGAAGGCAAAUUUGACUUUUCUUUAGCCAUUCUGGACAAAUCAGUAACCACUGUUUUUUGCUCUGCCUCUGGACUCUAAUAUGUAGACUCUUGCAGAAAUUUGACUUCAAUAUAACUUUGGCUAUAAUUCCACAGAAUGGAAAUGAAACCAUAGCAUCCAUGUUAUAUGCAGUCAAUGGGACAAAAACAAAUAAAGCUGCACUACUAAGACUUGUCUUCUUGCUUAAAAGGACCUUUAAGACACAAAUACAAACGAUGGAGAAAAUGAACCAAUAUUACCAUUUAUUUAAGUACACAAUUUAGUGUUUUCAUUCCACAUUCCAACCCAUUUGUAAGGUUUGAAGUCAGUUCUAUAGUUUUAAUGCAGCACAAUCCUUGAAGGACAGCGAAAUUGAAACAAACACUGUUAAAACAGCAUUAAUUGCUACACAAAGGUGUUUUACCUUGUAUUUUACCUUACAUGUAGGUGUCAGUCAAGCAUUGGCUUUUUAACAGCUUCUAGUAAAUGGUUUAGGUUCACUGAAUGCUUCGUGUAGUGCUUUUUCUUAUGAUAUGACUUGAAUAAAAACCUGUUACUGAGAGGGCGUGAUCACCAUAUCCAGAAGCAAGCGGCAUUCAUAACUUUAACCGGUUUGAAACUACAGCGUUAUCUUUUUCAAUAACACCAAAAAGCAAAAAAAAAAAAAAAAAAAAGACUGUCUAUUGACAUGCAGUGUCGAGUGAUUUUCUUUUUCUUUCUCUCUGUAAGGAAGAGUCACAGGGUAUAAUUGGUGAGAAUGCAGCAAAUGUAGUGUUUUGUAGUCUUGUUGUGACUUUUGUCUUGUAGUGACUUUUGUUUUGACAUCCGUGCAAAACAUAACAACCGCAGUAUAUCUGCCUAGUGUACAUUUACAUAGUAACUAUACAGAAGUGGGUGGGAGGGUGGAGGGAUUAAAUAUUCUGAUAGAAGAACCUCUUACCAAAACGUAGAGUGCUAAACUAGGAUUUGAAUAAGAAAAUCGAAGGUACAGAAAAGUAGGGUAUGAAAAUAGCGUUUUCAAUCAUUAAUCAACAAUUAACAAGAACUUAGAGGAUCCUGUCCAUCUCCCUUUCCUCAUUAACGAGGGAACAAAAACAUUCAAAUCAACUAGUCAAGAAAACCCAGCCUGGCAUUAAACUUCACGUGGUUAUCCCAGGAGAUUACUUUACAGAGGAUACAUGACAAUACUUUACAGAUUAUAUGAGGUAUUGCACAAAUUAUUUAAAAAAAAAGGCAACAAAAAUAUACAGCGAUUUGAAAGAACAUGUACAGAAUUUGAGUACAAUUUGGAAAGGUGAGAAUUUAGUGUCAGUUAUUCUACUGGGUGGGGUUAGCAUAAGGAGACCAGGACUAAUCAUCCCAUUCAUCGUCGUCCUCAAAGUCUUCAUCUUCGUCAUCAUCCUCAUCUUCAUCUGCAAACAACAAAAAAAAAACUUUAAUAUUUUAUUUAAAAUUCUACUGCAUGGCCACAUGGUCUACACAGGGCCAAUAACAUUGUCUAUAAAAUAAAAAACAAGUGCUUAAAAAAACAAA